AUCGAUUAUCUCGAAAAUGCCUGUUGCUAAAGUAUCUCCUUCAAUGCUCUCUUCUGACUUUGCUCAUUUGGCAGUCGAAGCUAAGCGCAUGUAUAAAAAUGGUGCUGAAUGGCUUCACUUGGAUGUGAUGGAUGGUCAUUUUGUUCCCAACCUUACCUGGGGUGCUCCUAUUAUCUCUGCUAUUCGCCCUCAUACUGAAGCCUAUUUUGAUUGCCAUAUGAUGGUCUCUAACCCUUCUCAAUGGGUGGAUGAUAUCGCUAAAGCAGGUGGUCAAAUGUAUACUUUCCAUAUUGAAGCUACAACUGAACCUUUGAAGUUGAUUCAACAAAUUCAUGCAGCUGGCAUGCAAGCUGGUGUUGCUAUUAAGCCAGGUACUUCUGUAGACGCUGUAAUGGGCGAAAUUGCUGAACAGUGCGAUAUGAUCCUUGUCAUGACUGUUGAACCUGGUUUUGGUGGACAACGCUUUAUGGCACAAUGUAUGCCCAAGGUAGAAGCAUUGCGUCGUGCAUACCCUGAUUUAGAUAUUGAAGUGGAUGGUGGUUUAAGUUUAGAGACCAUUGAUGCUUCUGCUGAUGCUGGUGCUAAUGUGAUUGUAGCUGGUACUGGUAUCUUUAAGGCUGAGAAGCCUGAUGAAGUCAUUGCCACAUUUAAAGAAAAGGUCAACAAGGCACAAGAAAAGUUUGCUCAAUAA